AUGGCGGCGCUGGUGCUGGUGCUGCUGGCGGCGCUGGGCGGCCGGGCCGUGCUGCCGGGCGGGCGCUGCGCGGCGCCGCUGGCCGACCUGCGCUCGCAGAUCUCGGGCGUGGAGACGCUGCUGGAGGAGUUCCGCCGGCAGCUGCAGCAGGAGGAGCCGGGGCCGCCGGCGACGGCGAGCGGCGGCGGGGGCGGCGGGGAGCGGUGCGGCGGCAGCGGCAGCUUCUCCGCCAGGCCCGACUCCAUCAUCCGCACCAAGGACUCCAUCGCGGCCGGCGCCACCUUCUUGCGGGCGCCGGGCGCCGUGUCGGGCUGGCGGCAGUGCCUGGACGCCUGCUGCGCCGAGCCGCGCUGCACGCUGGCCGUGGUGCAGGGGCCCGCCCGCCCUCGGGGCACGGCGGCCGAGCCGGGCUGCUACCUCUUCAACUGCACGCACCGCGGCCGCCCCGUGUGCCGCUUCGCCCCGCACCGCGGGUACAGCUCCUACAGCCGCCGGACGGCCGGCAGCGCCCCAGCGCCGCCGGGUAAGCGACCAGCGCGGGCGGGAGCGGCGGCCCCGCGCAUGACUGGGAUGCUGAUCCCAGCUAUGCCAGAACCUGAAGAAGAAUAUGAUGAGCCUCCACAGUGCAAGGCAGGACAAGAUAUUGUGCUACAGUCACCUGUUGACUGGGUGCUUUUGGAUGGCCGAGAAAGUUCAGAUGACCAUGGAAUUGUGCAGUAUGAGUGGACACUGCUGCAGGGUGACUCAUCGGUUGAAAUGCAGGUACCACAACCAGGAACACUGAAACUGUCUCACGUUCAGGAAGGCGGGUAUAUUUUCCAGCUAACUGUGACAGACACUGCAGGUCAGCGGAGCUCUGACAACGUCUCUGUGACUGUUCUGCCCAUGGUUCAUUCCGCAGGAGCCUGUGUUGGGGUUUGCUCUCGCUACCAGUUUAUCUGCGAUGAUGGCUGCUGCAUUGACAUCACUUUUGCUUGUGAUGGUGUGAGACAGUGCCCUGAUGGAUCAGAUGAAACUUUCUGCCAGAAUCUCAGCCCGGGUCGAAAGACAGUGACACAUGCAGCUCUUGGCACUACCCAGCAAAGGACUGUAGGACUGACUGAAGACACAGAUGAAAAUUUCUCUGCAGAAAACACCCUGAAAGCCACUGUCAGAAAUCAGCCAGUUCUCUCAGUGGAUGCAGACAUGUCUAACCAAUCGCUUUCUCAGGGACCAAAGAAACAAAUCAGUGGAUUUGUGCCAGAUAACAGUUCCUCAGGGAAAAGAACAGAUGAUAAAAAUGGGAAUGGCAUAAUGGUGCCAAGGAGAGAUCAGUUUGGAGGUAGUCAUCCAGUCCCAGAAACAGGUGCUGUGUUACCCUUAGCCUUAGGCUUGGCCAUCACUGCUUUGCUGCUUCUUAUGGUUGCUUGCAGACUGCGCUUAGUGAAACAGAAGCUUAAAAAAGCUCGACCCAUUACAUCUGAAGAGUCCGAUUACCUCAUCAAUGGGAUGUAUCUCUAAAAAUUGGAUUUUGGUCAGUUGUUUUCUCCCCUUUCUCCUGUGUCCAUGAACCUCUGCCUCUGUAACAGGACCAAAAUCCUUAGUUAAUUUUCAAGUGUAGAAGCAGUUUACAAGAUGAGGAACAUAUUCUUCCCCUUCAGUGAUAAUAUAAAAAAGUGAGUAGAUGCCCAUGCUCAGAAAAUAAGAAGCGUUCAGGCUCCAGAGAGUAGAUGCAGUUGUGCAGAAGANACACUGCAACGUGGGGAGACUCCAUGCUGGAUGCAGGGUGCUCUUGCCCUCCCCACAGCAGCUGGGGUCUCAGCCAAGGCCGAGUGUGCCCCAGGGCCAGGACACUGGAGCAGCCAAGGCCCAGCAGCCCUGGCACAGGGGGAAGCCUGUGCCAGCAUCCUCUUCUCAGUGCUGCCACUGCUGCGCUCUGCUCUGGAGACUGGGAUGCUCCAACCAAGGCACUACUUCACUGUCCAGCAGAAACCCAUUUGUGUACUUUCCCCCAAUGCACAGGAAGUGUUUUCAUUAAAGAAUUUGCCUUGCUUUGUUAAUUAAAAGCAACCACUAUCUAGGCGCCAGCUUUUGUAAAGCAAAUUGGGAUUUAAAGAACACAGCAUCUUUCUUCCAUUCAUAGUUUAAACUUCUGUGCCGCUAGCAGAGAGAGCCAUGCUUACUAAAUGCUGAAAUGAAAAAAUACAAGUCCUCAGCAGGUGAGCUUGGACCUCCCAGUGCUCAACAGCAAUGUACUGUUGCCCAAAGAAGCUGUGGAUACCCCAUCCCUGGCAGUAUUCAAGGCCAGGCUGAAUGGAGCCCUGAGCAACCUGAUCUAGUGAAUGGCAUCCCUGACUGUGGCAGGAGGGCUGGAGCUGGAUAAUCUUUAAGGUCCUUUCCAACCCAAACCACCAAUUCUGUGUAUGAGCCCAGAGCUGUCUCUCUCCCCAGAGCUCAGGGCUUGUUCAGCCUUUUCUACCCCUAGCCUGCCACCCUUCCACAGCGUGAGAAAGCAGCACACAGCAGUUUUUAUCCAAGAUGCCAGAGUGUAGCAUUCCUGCUGGUUAUCCCAUAGCUCCCUGCAAAGCUUGAAAGCUUUGGUGAUCUGCCCUCAACCCAGAAAAAUUCUCAUAGAAUUAGAGCAAGUAAUUCAUAUGUGUGAGUGAACUUCAGAUGUGUUAACAGUAAAAUGUGUACAGUACAUGUUAUAUAUACAUAUAUAUACACAAGAAUUGUGCUGUCUGUCUUGUUUGACUGUCCAAGGAUGUCACAUUCCUCAUGGGUCCCAAUAAAACCAGAGUCAAAUGAGGCAUGCAUCUUUUUGUAUGUCGUCUUUUGUACUUCAGUAGCUUCAAGUCAGCACAAAUAUUGCCAUGGUAUAAAAAUAGUUCUUCAAGUUGUUUGUUCUUGAUUACUUUAUGUAAAAUAGCUCCAAUAAACCUAUUUUAUUCUUA